AUGCCCCAGGGAUGUGCUUCUUGGCAGCGCACUGCGCUGAUGAUUGCCGCACGUCAUGGGCAGCACGAUGUGGUGGUCCGUGCGCUCGAAACUUCUUGUUCGCAGCCUCAGCUGGAUGUAGUGGACGAGCACGGCAACACAGCGGUCAUGAUCGCUGCUCGUGAAGGCCAUCAAAAGGUAGUGGAAGCCAUAGUUGCGGCAGGGGCGGAUCUCUCGAUCAAAAAUCUUGCGGGACAGACGGCAGCUGAGAUUGCCAAAACGGAGGAGAUCCGCGCCGUCAUCGCGAAAGGCGAAGCGCAAGCUGAGGCGAUCUUGAGGUCUAUCCUGGCAAUGGGUGGUGCAGAGACGGAAGCUGUGAGCAAGUCAUCUGGCUUGGGCCUUGGGCACUCGUCACUCAGCGACACUCAGCCUGCUGCACAAGCUCCGAAUUUCGCACUGCAGGCCUUCCACAGCUACCCAAAGAGCUGGCCGCGCUUGCUGCGGGCAUGGAUGUCAAGUUUUGUGCCGAGAGUCCUUUUUGAGAUAAGCGGACAGCUUCUGGUAGGUGCUGUCUGGCCAGGAAGCGAUACAACUACAAUCUUGUCGAUACAGUCUGAUCUGAGAACCAUGCAGACGUGUCGUUCCGCUUUGCUGUCGACUCGCCUGGUCGAGAGUUUUUCCGACGCUGCGUGUCUCGUGGCUGAGCCUAAAAACUGUGCAGGCCGGAUCGACGGCAGGCCGCGGGCCUUGGUUGUUCAUCCCAGGCUUCCAGGGGCGAAGGAAGCACUGUUGUCAUGGGAUGCAUCAGAGGCAGUUUCGUUGGCAAGAGCUGCUGGCUGGGACACUGGGGCACCCUGGCAAGACACAGGUGAGGUGGCAACUUCUUCAAGCGAGGAGGAAGACUCCAACGAGCUUUCGGGCGAUGCUGAUGCCAUCGACGACAUCGGUGCCUACAUUGCCAGGCUGGAAAGAGUUGACCCACGCUUCUUUUUCCACCUCAAGGAGCUUUGCCGCGUGGCGGUGCAGGUCGCGCGGCAUGGAGCUGAUCUCCUUUUCGUGAAUGCCUCCUUGUCACCCGUUCAGCAAAGACAUUUGGAGGCUGCCAUGGACCUUGCCUGGCAUGCCCAGCGGCGGCAGCAGAAAUACGACAUGGGCGCCUCCGACAUCAACCAGUCAAGAAUCGCCGUCUUUGAUCGUGCACGAGUGGUCUUGGCCAUCUUUGCGAGAAGAGCCUCCUCGACAGUAGCAAGAUUGGGCAUUGAGCUGGCAGAGGCCCAGGAGGUGAAGGCCAAGCUCGGGGCUGGGAUGGUGUCGGGAGUGACAUCGCAAUUGCAGCAAGUUGCUCAUGCACUUGGCAGACUUCCAGGAUGUGACAAAUUGGCCCUUCUGCCACGAAGUGGGGGUGCACGUGGUGUCACAACUUCGUUCACAUCGUCCCCGCAGAUCACGCGGCAGAAGCAGCAGCGGGCCAUCGACGAGAAGCGGAGCCGGCUUCGCGAGGAGAUUGCGCGACUGCAAUCGGCUCGUGGUAGCCGCCGUCAGCAGCGUGCACGUGACGAGAGACAAACGAUUGGUCUGGUGGGUUAUACCAAUGUUGGAAAGAGCGCAAUCGUCAAUCGUCUCACAAGCUCCGAUCUCCUCGUGGAGGACGGUGUUUUCGUAACCCUGGAUGUGGCAUCCCGUCGCUGCGUGCUGCCAUCUGGCCGGGAGUGCUACGUGUUGGACUCCGUCGGCUUGAUUCAGGGCUUGCCGAUUAAUGUUUGUGAAGCCGUACAGGCGACCGUGCAGGAGAUGCAUGAAGCAGAUGUGGUUCUGCACGUGCGGGAUAUUGCACAUCCUGCCCGAGAGGAGCAGGCUGAGUUGGUGCGUGAGGUGCUGGCAGAUGCGAAGAUAGACAUGGACAGGGUCGUCGAGGUUUGGAACAAAGCAGACCUAGUGAUGCAGAAGGAGGUGCGCCACCUCCAUUAUCUGCACCAACAGAAGGACCCAACGCCAGUUUACACAGUCAGCGCCCUGACAGGCUCCGGUUUCCCCAAACUCUUGGAUGGCUUGCAGAAAAUGAUGGAGGACUUGGCAAUCAAAGCUGUGCCUGGUUUCCAGUCCUCCACCGCUGUUCAGGUUCCACAAAGCGGAUGGUGCACUGUUCGGAUGCCGCAAGAUCUGUCCAAGAGUCAGGCUUCCGAUCUGUGGGCUUUCCUCCACAGCGACGCAGCUGCAGAUACAUCAGUCAACACUGAUGAGGUCACAGGAGAAGUCCUGGUCACGGUCCGAAUGAGCGAUUCUGCAAGAGCCAGGUUUUUGAAGAGAUUCGGACCUGGCAUGCUCACCUGA